CCCGUGGAUAACGACAGAGAAGAGAUGAAGUUUUGAGGAGACGUCACCAUUGAUCUGCAUUCUGGAGGAUUUUCUUUCAACUGAAGUCGGAAAUACUAGUUGCGACUAUCUAUUACCGAAGAGGAAACGUGAUAGGCUUGCUUGCGAGGAUAACGAUAAUAUUUCAUUAAACUUGCCUUGUUCAAAUAAAAGUUACUGACAUUUUACCACGCAACUAUGCAUUGUGUGUAGCGGAACUGAACCGAUGAACUUCGUCUUGGCGCGCUUCCUACUCCCUUUUGGAGGUUCUUUAGAGACUGCAAAUAAAUUUAGAAGUUGUGGAGGAUUCCUCUUCCCCGACAGAGGGAGAAAAUUUAUUGCCUCAAGCACCUCGAGGGCUCAACAGGGAAAUGAGCAAUUGUUGGUGGUAGUUGGAGGUGGUGCAGCUGGAAUAUAUGGCGCCAUCAGAGCUAAAACUGUGGCACCUCAUUUGGGUGUGAUGGUUAUUGAGAAAGGGAAGCUUCUGUCGAAGGUAAAAAUUUCUGGAGGAGGCCGAUGCAAUGUUACAAACGGGCAUUGUGUAGACAAAAUGAUUUUGGCAGAACAUUACCCUAGGGGUAACAAGGAAUUACGAGGCUCUUUCUUCAGCACGCAUGGACCGUGGGACACAAUCUCUUGGUUUUCUGAUCAUGGGGUCGAGCUUAAGACUGAGGAUGAUGGAAGGGUAUUUCCUGUCAGCGACAGUUCAUCUUCCGUAGUUGACUGCCUUCUGUUUGAGUUGAAGAGAAUAGGAGUUUUGCUACAGACGGGCAAAUCAGUGACAAAUGUGUCUGCAACUGUUGGUGGGAAGUUCCUUAUCAAGAUUGAGAAACGUACUGCUGAUUCUAUUGAAUAUGUUGAAGCUGAUUAUUUAUUGAUUGCAAGUGGGAGUAGUAAGCAGGGCUACACUCUUGCCACUCAACUUGGUCAUUCAAUUGUAGAUCCAGUACCAAGUUUAUUCACUUUCAAGAUUGAGGAUGCACAGUUGGCAGAGUUGGCUGGGGUCACCUUCUCUAAAGUUAAAACAAAGCUAAAAUUAGAAAAUGUGCGAAGGCAGAUACCACAACUUACACAGGUAGGGCCUAUGUUAAUCACCCACUGGGGAGUUAGUGGGCCUGUGAUUCUCCGUUUAUCUGCUUGGGGGGCACGUGAUCUUUUCAGUUCAGGUUAUAAGGGAAUACUCGAUGUAGACUUUAUCCCUGAUCUACAUUUGGAAGAUGCAAAGUCCAUCCUUUUGCAACACAAGGAUCAGUUUGCAAAGCAAAAGUUUCUAAAUUCAUUUCCUCUGGACUUUGGCUUGGUGAAGAGAUUUUGGAAAUAUAUUUUGGAACGCGAGGGUCUAAGUGGAGACAUCUUGUGGGCAUCCGUUUCCAAUAACUCCAUUAUUUCUGUUGUCUCUUUGCUGAAGCAAUGUUCAUUUGGAGUGAAAGGAAAGGGUCAAUUUAAGGAUGAAUUUGUCACUGCUGGAGGCAUCCCUCUAUCCGAGAUCUCAUUGAAUACCAUGGAAAGCAGGAAACAAACAAAUCUGUUCUUUGCAGGAGAGGUAUUGAAUGUUGAUGGAGUAACUGGUGGGUUCAACUUUCAGAAUGCUUGGUCGGGUGGGUACAUUGCAGGAACAACUAUUGGUAAAUUAGCUUUAGAUUCUUCCUCAGAAGUGGAAGCUGUUUGAUGGGAAUGCGUAGGUAUACAUUGGUAUAAUGACCAACCAGAAUUUUGGAUGGAAGCAAUUUAUCCACAGGGCUACCAGUUUGGGCAUUCAAAUAAUAUUGGUGACUAUCUUUGUAGCAUGAUGAUUGAAUUGGGCUCUCAAAUCCUGGUAAUCAUGCCAAACCGAACAGGAUGAUAGAUUUAUGGCCUUGGGAGACUGACACUAUUAUCGAGGACAUUCAGUAGCUACUUGGAGACUCAUUGUGUUUGAAGUAGGAAAGAUCCACAGGGAGUAUAACAAAGCAGUAGAUUGUGUGCUCAUAAACUGUGUAUGAUGGAUCAUGCCAACACCAAUUUUGUUUAAUGUUCCUCUUGACCAUGCUUCUUGGGCAAGAGUGAGUUUGACUUGUCUGUCUGUAUUCCUGAUUCAUUUUGGUUAAUGAAAUUCAAG